GAGUUUCUUCGGUACUCCUCGGAAUCCUGAUCAUAUCCGAGCAGGAGUCGGAACGAACGGCGCAUCGGCACCAGCCUAUAAAGGUCACCGCACCCCACGCCACGCCUCGUCCAAACCAAACACAUCCAGCUAUCACCCGGCGCACUUCUCACGAACAAACUCUCCUGCACAUCACCCACUUCUCGCGAGGAAGAAGGCGUGCGAUCGGCGAUGGCGCCUCAGACGUUGGUGACGGCGCAGAAGCGGAAGAGGCCAGAACCAGAGACCGACGCUAGCGCCAUGUGCGCCAACGGCUGCGGCUUCUUCGGCACCGCCGCGAACAAGGGCAUGUGCUCCAAGUGCUACCGCGAGCACCUCGCCACCGCCGACGACACCACGGCGUCCGCCACCCCGGAGAGCAAGGCAGCUCGCGAGAGGAGUGUCUUCGACACCGCACGUCCGCAGAAGAAGGCCGAGCUGAGCGUCCGCGCCGUUGCGUCAUCCUCUGAUGCUACAGCCGCCGCCGCCGCCGCCAUAGUUGAUACGUCGUCGUCGUUGCUAGCCACGGCGCAGCAGCAGCCGGCUCCCGCGAAGAAGGCCACGGCGAAUCGGUGCUCGACGUGCCGGAGGAAGGUGGGGCUGACGGGGUUCCUGUGCCGGUGCGGCGGAACCUUCUGCGGCUCGCACCGCUACUCGGACGCGCACAGCUGCGGGUUCGACUACAAGAGCGCCGGGCGGGAGCAGAUCGCCAAACAGAACCCGGUCGUCGUUGCCGCCAAGAUCGCCAAGAUUUGA